CACAGCGUGGAGUUGCCAGGGAACUAGAGUAAACCUGCAUGCACGUUUCGCUUUAUCACAGAUCUCCUCCUUUGGGGGGGAUUUCUCCUUUUUUUUCCUUUGCUAUUUUGCUACUGGGAGAAACUAACUUGUCUUGCAGUCAGCCUGGGACCUGGAGGGUAUUUAAAAGUCUGGGAGAAAGUAUUGGGACCUGUGGACUUAGCAGCCUGGAUCUUGCUAUACAGGUGUGAAUUCCUAUUCUUCAUCUACUGAUCAAGGUCAAACGAUCUCCGCACAGGAGUUACUUUUACUCUUCUUCUACUCUUACAUUUCUGCAAAACAUGGUAGACAGCUUGAUCGUGUCGUAUUCUUUACGGUUGGUCAGCUCCAUUGUAUUGCUAGGAUUUCAGCUAGUUGUGUCCCAGCUGUCAAUUGAUCACAGAAAGGUCCCACAAAGGAUAGACCACGAAAGUAAUGUUAAUGAAAAUAUCAGUGCUGGGCCUACUGGUACAUGGGGAAACUGGGGACCAUGGUCAGCUUGCUCUAGAAGCUGCAGUGGAGGAGUUAUGGAACAAACCCGACCCUGCCUUCCUGCCAGCUACCAAGAAAGGGUCUACCAAGGUCCAGGUCAACAGUAUGCUACAGGGGAAAGAACGGUCAACCUCCAAAAUGCUGUAAACCAUGACACUGUUCUAAAUCCAUACCCUGGCCAUGUUGUGUCCGCAAUUAGAACAUCGGUGCCUCUUCAUAGAAAAGGAGACAGUCCAAGGUACAGUCUUCCAGCUUCAGAGAAUUUAAGUCAAAUUCAUCUUGGCAGAGGAAUAAUAAGAGGUGGACGACCAUUACCCAACGGACAGACCUCAAGACCAGAAAGGAGAAACAGAACCAGAACGCCCAUCAGUCCAGGAUCAUACGGGUAUGGUAAAGUUCCUUAUAUUUUACCAUUACAAAGUGACACUGGUCAAGAAGUUCCAAGAGGGAGAGCAAAGAGACAGCGUCAAUCUUUGAGGCAACCAUCCUAUGAGCAGAAUGCAAAUCAUAGGCGUUUUUCCGGAUUCCCAUCAACUCAUCAGGAUAACGUUUAUACAGAAGAAAGUGGAAUUCCAGUGGUGUCACCGGUAGCAGAGCCUCCAACAAAUCGGCAGCGAACAUCUUCCAAUUCUCACACUAUGCCAAUAUCACAGAGUUUGUUUCCUGAUACUUCCAGCCGUGGCUCUACAACCCUCCAACUUCUCCAAGAUAAACCUCCUGCUCAACGGGGAGCCACAGCCAUCAUGUGCAUCGGAGCCUAUAAACAAUACAAGCUUUGUAAUAAAAAUCCGUGCCCAGGGAAUAACAGAGGCAUCCGAGAGGUUCAAUGUGCAUCCUAUAACAACAAGCCAUUUAUGGGCCGAUUGUAUGAGUGGGAACCAUUUUCUGAAGGAAAAGAUAAUUUAAAGUGUGAGCUAACAUGUCGAGCCAUGGGCUACAGAUUCUACGUGAGACAAGCUGAGAAAGUAAUAGAUGGGACGCCGUGUGACCUCAACGGAACGUCUGUUUGUGUGUCUGGCCAAUGCAAGGGUAUUGGCUGUGAUGACUAUUUGGGGUCAGACAAAGUGAUUGACAAGUGCGGAGUAUGUGGAGGAGAUAACACAGCCUGUAAAGUGGUCUCGGGAAUCUUCAAACACAUUUUAACUAAAGUUGGAUACCAUAAAGUUAUAGAAAUCCCUGAAGGUGCCACCAAGAUCAACGUGACCGAGAUGUCAAAAAGCAGUAACUACUUAGCGCUUCGAAGUCGGUCAGGCAGAUCGAUCAUCAAUGGAAACUGGGCCAUCGACAGGCCCGGUAAAUAUGAAGGAGGUGGGACAAUGUUUGUUUAUAAGCGGCCAAAUGAAAUUUCGAGCACUGCUGGGGAGUCAUUUUUAGCUGAAGGCCCAACAAAUGAAGCACUUGAUGUUUAUAUGAUACAUCAACAACCAAAUCCUGGCAUUCGUUACGAGUUUGUUAUUCCAGCAGAGAAUGUUAUCAGUCCGCAACUCCCUCCAAAUCGGAGACCUGGUCAACCAUUCAAUGGCCAGCUAGAGAUAACUGAUGAAUCAACUCCUACAGAGAACAGAGAUUCCUUCAGUGAUGUUGACAUACACACUGAUCAUGCCACUGGAGUGUUGCCACCCUUGCAGCCUGGGAGGAUUCCAUCGAAUCAACCAGACAACCAGGUGCAGCCGAUACAACCAGCAAGACGAAACCGUGACUACAACUGGAAACAAGUUGGGUCAACAGAAUGUUCAGCUACAUGUGGGAAAGGAUCACGAUACCCGUCUUUUCACUGUGUAAACAGGAAUACUCAUGAAGAGGUGGCAGAAUCGUUCUGUGACCCUAGCAUGAAGCCCAGUGCUGAAGAGGAGCCUUGCAAUCUCUUUCCAUGUCCAGCUUUCUGGGAUAUUGGCGAGUGGUCGGAAUGCAGCAAAACCUGCGGUUUAGGAAUGCAGCACCGGCAAAUCCUCUGCAGGCACGUUUACGCUAACCGUACCCAGACAGUACAGCCACACCGCUGCCAGCAGUUGGAAAAGCCGGAGACAACGAGUACAUGCCAAAUGAAGAUCUGCAGUGAGUGGCAAAUAAGGACAGAGUGGACACCCUGCUCUGUGCCAUGUGGCGUGGGGCAGAAGACCCGUGAUGUAAAGUGUGUCAGCAACAUAGGAGAUGUGGUUGAUGAUGAAGAAUGUAACAUGAAGCUUCGUCCAAUCGAUAUUGAAAACUGCGACAUGGGAGCAUGUGCCAGAAGUUGGUUUCUUACAGAAUGGAGUGAUAGGUGCUCUGCGGAGUGUGGAGAGGGAGUUCGAACACGAUCAGUGGUGUGUCUGUCCAAUCAUAUCAGCAGCUUGCCACUAGAAGGCUGUGGAAAUAAUAGACCACCUGAAACUACAAAGUGUGAUAAUGGACCCUGUGAUGGCAAAGUUGAAUGGUUUAUGGGAAGCUGGAGUCAGUGCUCGGUUGAAUGUGGCACUGGAACGCAGCAAAGAGAUGUGAUAUGCAUCAGGAAGAGAGCCGAAGGUUUCACAGUGGUAAAUCCACAGGAAUGUUCAUAUUUGGAAAGACCACCUAACCAGCAAUCCUGCCACCUCAAAACCUGCGGCGCAAAAUGGUUUUACACCGAUUGGAGUUCAUGUUCCAAAUCCUGUGAGGGUGGAUUCAGAAUCCGUGAGGUACGAUGCCUCUCAGAUGACAUGGCCCACAGUGAUAAAUGUGAUCCCGACCUCAAACCGGAGCAUACAGAGACAUGUAAUCCCCAGGACUGCAUACCAGAAAUUGAUGAAAAUUGCAAAGACAAAUACUACAACUGCAAUGUUGUUGUGCAGGCCAGAUUGUGUGUCUACGCUUACUACAAAACUGCUUGUUGUGUAUCCUGCCUCAGAGCAGCCAGCAGACAGACAGGUUUUGUUGGCCGGAGAUAACAUCGGCUGUACCACCUCCUCAAGCAAAUACUAAGCAACACAGACGCCCAGAAGCAGAACUAAUGACUGAUCUGCACCUGCCUCUGUUUUUACUGAUCAUUUUAUUUAACAAGAAAAGUGUCCAUCAUGAUAUGUUUCUCAUUAGAAUCAUCACAAUCUUUAUAGUACUUUUUUUUUACUUUUUUUAUUUUUUAUUUCGUGAGCUGUGAUCCUAUCACGUGGUUUGUUUUUUUUUAGACUGUGUGCACACUGUUGGAAUCACACAUAACAAUGCAAUACCUAAUCUCCCACCAUUGAGUUUUUUGUUUUUUUUUUAAAAGGAGCCAAAUAAAUAAUGCACAGACCCGGCAUUAUUCACAGUACCUGGGUCACUUUUGCUACAUUACCAGGGCAUGAGACUAUAUUUUCUGUUUAGGUGUUGGAUUAACAACUUUGUAAAUAAUAAAGUAAUGCUUUUCCUGUUAUAUAGGGCAUCAAUUUAGUUUGUCUUUUUGUAGAAAAUCAUGAUGCAGUAGUGCUGCUAUUGACCGCCUGUGCACAUGAAGACCGAAGGGCAUCUGUAAUCCCUCCCUGGGGGCUGCAGUUCAAGGGCCACAGUGUCCAAGCGUGUAUGUACCAAGAUUAACACCCUGAACACCCUUCAGUAAAUGAUUUGGCUUUUGUAGGGGAUAUUCUCUGCCUUUCACCAAUAGAUUAUGGGAUUAUUUUGCACACUCUUGCAUGUAGAUGUAUUUGAAAAUGUAUCCAUCCACAGUGUUCAAUUGGUUUAUUUCAGAACAACAAACCCUGCACAUUCCAUUGCGUAAUAUUGUUUAGCAAGCAAUACACUAAGGAUCUCUGAGUACACUAAGGACAAUAGAAGGUCUCAGAAUGUGUUUUAUUUUGUAGACAAUUGCAACAAGAAUGGCCAAACAGCAGGCCUCAGGGUUGUUUUUGAUUAUGUAAAAAGCUUAAUGGAAGGUGUAAAUUCUAUAUGUGGACAGGAUUAUUCAAGUUUAGAUCUUGUGAUAGUGUGUUAUUUGACUAGACUUAAUCAUUAAUUAACUACCUGGACAAAUGUAAUGCAAUGUAGAAUAAACUAUGUGCCCUUAGAUAGGUCCAUAUUGUCCAUGACUUUCAUAAGGUAAAAGUAAACCAUUAGAAAACAUAUUUAGCAUUCAGUCACGGAUACCUACCACUCCACUCAAAGUCAUGUAAUGUAGAGCAGUG